AUAUAAUAUAUAUAUAUAUAUAUAUAGAUAUAUAAAUGGGCUUCCUGAAAUAGUCCCUCUCUGUUUCAUUUUUCCUCCCUUAAACAAAAAUCUGACACGUCACGCAAAAGGAUGUUCAACGCCUUAGCAUCGUCGUCCACCAGCACCAAGGCAACUCCUCUUCUCUCCUGCUUCUCCAGACCUUCAAUUUCUCUCCCCAAAAAAUUCUUUCUUUCUCCCUCUAAAAACCCUAAGCCCUCUUCCCUCUUAACUUCCAUGAGUUGGCUGGGAAAGCUCGGGUUCGGCGCUCGCACUCCACCGGAGCCCUCCCUGGACCCCCACUCCUCCGCUAUCGCCCAGGGACCCGACGACGACCUCCCAGCUCCGGGGCAGCAGUUCGCUCAGUUCGGCGCGGGUUGCUUCUGGGGCGUGGAGCUCGCCUUCCAGCGAGUUUCUGGCGUGACGAAGACGGAGGUGGGGUACACACAAGGCUUUGUGCAUAAUCCCACCUACAACGACGUCUGCUCCGGCACCACGAACCACUCCGAGGUGGUUAGGGUUCAGUAUGAUCCCAAGGAGUGCGGGUAUGGUGCUUUGCUUGACGUGUUUUGGGCCAGGCAUGACCCUACUACCCUGAAUCGGCAGGGGAACGAUGUGGGAACACAGUAUAGGUCGGGAAUAUACUUCUACACACCAGAGCAAGAGAAGGCAGCAAGAGAAUCUUUGGAACAACAUCAGAAACUAAUGAACAGGAAGAUUGUUACUGAAAUUCUGCCUGCCAAGAAAUUCUACCGAGCAGAGGAAUACCACCAGCAGUACCUUGAAAAAGGGGGCCGAUUUGGUUUCAAGCAAUCUUCUGAGAAAGGCUGCAAUGACCCAAUCCGAUGCUAUGGCUAAGUCCUCUCCAGAUUCUGAAAAUCUUAUACUAUGGUUGUUAGGGGUUUGUGCUUUGGUACAUGAUAUACAAAAAUUUCAUGUGCAUUGUGGUUAUAUGGAUUCCUACUAGUAUAUGUAGCUUCUGAACAUGGGCCUGUUAUUUAUCGGCUGUCCACUCAUUCUCUUCUAUCUUUCUUAUGGACCAGAACCAAAAGGAAAGGGAGAAUUUGCAGUUGUAUUCUGUAUGCUGUUUGUUAAGGGUUAGAAUUGGUCUCGGUUGGUAAUAUCUACAGGAGAGUUCAGUAAUUAUAGGGGACAUUCUUUCUUGCAA